GCUGCAGGUUGCUUGUCAAAAACUUCUUGGUGGAAAAACAAAAUAUUCUGUGCUAGUGCAAAAAUUAUGUUAUUUCCCCGAUUUUUUGGUAUUUUCUGGACUUUAAAGUGAAGUUGAAGUGUAACAGAGGUCAUGGCGCCUAUUUUGCACAUCCUGGUCGUGGGAUUUCACCACAAAAAAGGGUGCCAGGUGGAAUUUUCCCAUCCACCCUUAAUUGAAGGGAGUUCCGGAACGAAUGAAUGUCCUUCCGGAUGGAAAUAUCUACCUACCCUGGCACUCCCAGAUGGAUCGCACAAUUUCACCGAUGACACGGUGUUUUUUAACCUUCCUAGCCUGAAGGAUCCCACUGAGAGCAUCUACGGAGUGUCCUGCUAUCGACAAAUUCCAUCAGAAAGGCUGAAAAUCAGAACGGCUGAUGUCACCAGGAGCACUGUGCAGAAGGCUGUCUGUGCUUUGAUGUCCUAUCCCAUUUAUGGGUAUGUUGAGGUGAAACUUUCUCUGAUUGCUCAGUGCUUCUUCGAUCAGGGAGACUUCUCAUCCGUGGACAUUCUGGUGAAUGUCUUUGAGCAGCUAAAUGCUUGCCUGACGCAUGAGAAUCUCACGGGAUUGUCGCCGGAGAGGUACUUCAGCGUUGGAUUGAAUUUGAGAGAGAUUGUUCUGAAGUGGAAGCACAAAAUCUUGCUGAUCUUCAAGAUGAUGUUGCUGCAGCGGAAAGUGAUCAUCUUUGGAUCUCCUGUGAGGCCUAUUUGCAAUUUAAUUGUCGCUGUGGCUUCACUGCAUCCUGGACAACUCACGAGAGGAUUCCGGCAAGUGGCGUGCAUUAAGACUUCCCGGCCAAUGUCCCCUCUUCCGGAAUAUCCGGAAUCUGAGCCACCUGAGAAGCCGGAAACGGAGGUUCUGGAGCCGGGAACAGUUGAGGGGGAUUCGCAUGUCCAGGAGCUGGCGGAGGAGAAGGAGGAAGCUAGUCAGAAUUGCGAGGAUAAUCGCUCAAGGGAUACCAGUGUCGAUGCUCUCGUGCAAAUCCUAACCAAUCUUGGUUCCUUCGAUCCAAAUCGCUGGGGAGCUCCUCUGCAGCUCUUCACGGACGGCCAUCUGGUCCUUCCGUACCUCUCCCUGCCGUACAUGGAUCUCCUGUCCGAUCCUGCAGUCUCGGGAUUUGUCAUUGGAGCCUCCAACAUUCUCUUCCAACAGAAGCGCCAAUUGGCCGACGUCCUGAUCGAUGCAGAGACCACGACAAUCGACGUGGGCAGUCCUGAACUCCGGAAGCAACUCCAGCUGACCACGGAGGAUCUCCGUUUCGCUGACUACAUCAUUCGCAACGUCCUGAAUCCACGGGAAGCGGCAGAGGGCAGUGAACAGUGGAUCAAAGCUCAAUUCCAGGCCUACAUGUUGGCCCUUCUGCGAGCAUCGCAGCUUCCGGAAGGUUCCAAGGAGCACGAACACUUCAAUGGGGCCUUCAUCGGCGCCUGGCGGAAGAGUCACAAUUGGCAGGAAUGGCACCGGAGAAACCCUCUCAAUCUCCAGGAAUCACCCCUCCUGGCCACAGUUCCCAACAUCCAUCCCUUCGCCGGUAGUCUCUCAGUCACUGACAUGAAACUCAAGCUCGCUCACACCAUUCAGAGCACGGAAGGCGGCCGGAAGCUCAAUCAGGCCGUAAAUACAACUUCCAGGGCCGUCGGAGGGGCUCUGAUGCAGGCCAAAGGGGCCCUGAGUACGUGGUGGUCGACGAUCACGACGCCUCCGCCACAGCCUCAGGGACAGACAAAGGCUGGCGAGAGGGGCCUGGAGAAGACGCCGGAAGAGAUUCAAUGUGAUAAAAGGGAGGAGCAGGAGGAGGAUGAAGGAGAGCAGAAAGUGGACAUUGCCAAGGAAGCCGAACUCAUUGACUACUCGCGCGAUCUCGGGGAGAUUUUCACCAUUUAGGACGACGGGAGGAAGGGAAGGAGCCGAGAUGAUCUCAUACGGAACUGGCCACGAUACAGUCUCAGCACAAAUCUAUGAAUUUCUGCGUUUCUUUAUGAUUUAUUUCCAACGACGUGGAAUGCUACAGAAAGGACACUCUCAUGCCAACUUCUCAUGUUUCUUUUUCUGACAAAACAAAUAAAAAGAACACUUCGCCUCAAUGUGAUGCUUCAAAAAAAAAAACAAGGAAAGAAAACAAAUCUUCUGACACGCGCCAUUCCUCUUUUGCCCAGUAAAAGGAUAAGUCAAAAAAUAAAUUAUUGAAAAAGACAAAA